GCGUGUUGAGCAUUUACCACACAGCUCUGGUUGACUACAGUCACUACACCUCGAAAACAAUGCAGCGACGAUUUACGGCAGACGAAGCGAGAAAAAUUAUAAUGGAGCAGGGAGAGGAUGCUUUUUCUACUCCAUCCGAAAACACCACCGAUGACAGUGAUUCGGAUUUUUUCCCCGAGCUUGGAUCUAACGAGUCGGAUCAUUCGGAGAGCGAAAGCCCGGAGGGCGAGCACGACGACGACGAAAGCGACGAGGAGGAGGGCGAGCGCAAACAACCGGAGGAGGUAGCUGCGAACCCCUGGAUGUCAAAGAACGGGAAAAUCAGGUGGUCAGCUUCAAAUGAUGUCGCCACACACUACAUUCCCCCGGCCAUUCCAUUGCCAGGCCCGACAUCGUACGCCACAGCCAGGAUCCAGAGCCCCGAGUCGGCCUUCGACCUGUUUUUCACAGAGGACAUAAUCCGCCCAAUUGUGGACAUGACAAACCUGCAAGGCUACCGGACGGUAGCUGGUUGGGUGGCGCUGAACGCCCAGGAGAUCCGGGCAUAUUUAGGCCUUCUGAUUCUCGCUGGGGUGUACAAAUCUCGGCACGAGAAUACUAGAAGCCUGUGGGACAAAAAAACUGGGCGCGCUUUUUUCGGGCAGGCAAUGGGGCAUACGCGGUUCAUCAAAGUCAACAGGCUUUUACGGUUCGACGACAAACUACGGAGGCCCCAGCGUCAUCAUGCAACAAAGAUGUCGCCCAUCAUCGAUAUUUGGACGAUGUGGAAGAGCCUCCUGCCCCGCAUGUAUAGUCUCGGCAGGGAGGUGUGCGUCGAUGAGCAGUUGAUUUCGUUUAGGGGACGCUGCUCCUUCCGGCAGUAUAUGCCAUCAAAGCCGGGAAAAUAUGGAUUAAAAAUAUGGGCAUUGUGCGAUGUCGAAACGGCAUAUGCCUAGAAACUUGAGGUCUACACGGGUAAGCCACCUGGUGGACCGCGUGAGAAGAACCUGGCCAUGCAAGUUGUCUUACGCUUGUGUGAUGAUCUUGAGGGUCACACCCUAACGACGGACAAUUUUUUCACCUCGUUCCCCCUGGCGGAUGAACUAAAAAAAAAAUAUAUAUCCUUGGUUGGAACACUGAGAAAAAAUAAGGCUGAACUCCCACUACAGCUCCUCAGCCACACUGGCAGAGCACCACUUUCCAGCAUUUUUGCGUUCACUGCAGACAAGUGUUUGGUGUCUUACUGCCCCAAAAAAGGCAAGAGCGUUCUCGUGCUCAGCACCAAGCACAGGGAGCCUCAAGUUCAGCACUGCAAGAAGCAAAAGCCUGAAAUGAUACUGGCUUACAACCGGUGCAAAGGUACUGUAGACCGCCUGGACCAGGCCUGCAGCACCUACUCUGUCCGCCGGCGGGCACAGAGAUGGCCAAUGUGUCUCUUCUAUCACAUGAUUGACAUUUCAUGCUACAACGCAUUCGUCCUGUACACCAAGAUAAACCCGGACUGGAAUGCCAACAAGCGCUACAAGAGGAGACUUUUCCUCGAGGAGCUUGGCAUGGCACUAAUUCAGCCGGAAAUGGUGCGCCGAUCGCCAAUACCGGACCGACAGGUAGCCUUUCCCUUUUAGGCGCCAGAGGCGGAACCUGGACCUUCUCCCAAAAGGAAACAGUGCGGACUUUGUCAAAGCCCACUGCGGGCAUCCAACGUUUGCACAAAAUGUGGCAUACCCGUGUGCAAAAAGCACAUGAAUCCAGUUUGCAAGAAGUGUUAAAAAAAAAAAAAAAAAAGUUGUUUGUUCAUGUUCAUGUUUGUUCACCAUUAGUUUAUUGUUCAUGUUCAUGUUUGUUCACCAUUAGUUUAUUGUUCAUGUUCAUGUUUGUUCACCGUUAGUUCAUUGUUCAUGUUCAUGUUUGUUCACCAUUAGCUUAUUGUUCAUGUUCACGUUCAUGUUGUUCAUUGUUGGCUGUUUAUAA